AUGCUCCGGGCUGCUCCGCCUGAAGGCCAGCCAAUCAGGAGGCUCCACGUCAGCGUAUUUGGGAGGGAAGCGGGCGGCGGUUAUGGAGAGGAUGGUGGUGGUGCUGGUGCUGGUGCUGGUGCUGAUGCUCGUGGUAGCGGUGAGGGGGUGGUGGGGAAGGGGGAAGAGGAGGAAGGAGAGGGUGGAGGGAUGGCAGAGGGGAAGGAGGGGGAGGAGGGGGAGGAGAAGGAGGAGGAGGGGGAGGAGAAGGAGGAGGAGGGGGCCGUGGGGAGGGCAGUUCACAAAGCUCAUGAGCUGCUGAGGGCCGCGCAACGCUCGUGGUUUGACUGGCAGGUAACACGGUUGACUGGCAGGUAA